UGCUCCCAGUAAACGAGUCGUACUGGUAUUACACUGGGAGGCUCGUAGCAGGAGAGGAGCCGGUCGUUAGCACGGUUAGCUCUCUGAUGUGUGUGUCGUUUGGCUUUACCCUGCCUUAAGUCAAAGCUAACAGGCUAAGUGAGGUGAGCUACAGGAGAUGGAUGACGAGCUGGAGAACUUCAUCAGGGAGCACAAGGCGAGAAUGGCCGAGGAUAAAGCCAGUUUGGAACAAGACCCUCCGUACAUGGAAAUAAAGGCAAAACCCCACAGAGCCUAUGAGUCCACUGCUAAGGAGAACAUCCCUCCCAGGUCUAUUGCACAGGAGAAAGAGGAGAGCUGCACCGUGGGUCUACCACUCGGUGUAGAGUACGAGAGGAAGAAACAGAGGCUGCAGCAUGAACUCCGUAUGGACUACAGGCGCUACAUGGCUCAGAAAAAACACUUUGGCCAUGCAGAGCCUGGACCAUUAAUUCGCCUCAAUAACAGGAGAUCAAUCAAGCAACACCUGCUUGAAAACCAGGCAGGUGUUCUUCCCAAACAGCGACCGCCCUCCCGGAGGGAUGCAGCCACUCUGACAGAGGACAGCAGGGGACCACACAGGGCUUUGCGCCUCGCUGAGGUUAAGACCCUCUGCCCUGACACGGACCAGGAGCGGUCGACAGAACUUCCCAGGCACUGUGACAGGCAGGGGAAGCCUCUGGACCAGGACUCCGAGGAGGAGGAGGAGGGGGAGGAGGAGGAGGAGGAGGAAUACUUCAAGGAGCUGGAACUGAUGGAAGGAAGAAGGCGCAGACAUAUAGGGGUCGAGGCCAGUUAUGAGAAGAGACGAUUCUAUAAGACUGAUGGCAGGGAGCAGAGGGAGAUUCUUGUAGGCAGGGGAUCAAGAGCACUGACCAACAAUGAGGAUGUGGAGUUUGCCACUGGCCUUAAAAUAGGAGCAGCCGAUACAGAAGAUGCCUUACAGAGGAGGAAGGAGCGCUACAGACAGGAGCUGCAGGAGCAGAUAGCUGAACAGCACAGGAACAAGAAGAGGGAGAAAGACAUGGAGCUGAAAGUUGCUGCAACUGGGGCAAAUGAUCCUGAGAAACAGGUCAGCAGGCAUCCGACAACCAACUCUCAUUUAGUUUGGCCGGACCGAAUCAGACAGUUUGGACUGUGCAGAAGAGAAACUCAUCAGUUCUUGGAGCCUUCAGCAACAGGAGAGAGUGAGACCUCAUCCAGAGGUCUCCCUCAUAAUGUGAAGAUGGGUGUUCGAGACAGAGAGACUCCUCUUCCUCCUCCCGAGCAGCCCCAUGUGGCCUUCCAGUCCCCUCUGCUGGAGUACAGCUCCGCCCUGAGCCUGGGGGGAGGAGGUCUGUCGCCCCACAGCCAGCCUGCUGCCCCCUCCUUCCCCAGAGCCACGGACACUCCCAGAAUCCCCUUGUUUCCUCCUCAUCCUCCUUCAGCUCUCAGUGAAGCCUACAGGAGUCCGUAUGGAGAACCCCAUCACUACUACGGCACCAGAAACCUGCUGGACCCCAACAUGGCCUACUAUGGUCACUUGUCUGUUCCUCCCGUGUCUUACUGGAAUGUACCAGCGGGGGGGUCUCUGCCCAGCCAGUUUGGUAACCACAGCCCUCACAGCCAGCACAGUGGCAGCAGCUUCCCUGAGCCUCCGAUCAUGCCUAGCAGUGAGGCUGCCACUGUGGACUCCCACAUCAGGGUUUUCCCCUCAGACAGAUCCAGAUCAUCCAGGGAGAGGAUUGUGAGCUACAGGGAGGCUUUGAAACAACAGAUCCAGCAGCAACAGGAACAGAGGCGUUUGGAUAGGGAGGAGAAGGAGCGCUACGAGGCCCAGCUGGAGGCCGACAUGAAGAACCACCAGCCGUGGGGUCGAGGCGGAGGAGGAGCCCCGCUCAGAGACAGCGCUGGAAACCUGAUCGCUGACCUCAACCAGAUGCACAAACUGAAUGAGGAGGCCUACAUCAACCCGGAGCAGUGGCAGAGGAGAGCCACGGCCUCCGUGACGGCCCGCCGGGCAGAGCUCCCCGACCCCAACGAGAGGGUCUCCGGUACUGUAGCAGAGUGCAGUAGCCAUGACACUAGUGAGAGGCUCUCUGGUUUCACCCAUGUCCAAACCCCCCAGUUUGCCAGAGGCAAUGUGUUUCCCAACCAGCCCACCCAACAACAGCUCAACGAGCAGGACAAGUACAAAGCUUACCUCAAACAGCAGAUUGAUGAGAAAAUGCUGAAAAAAGCGGAGGAGAGGGAACAGAUAAGACUGGAGGAGGAGAAAGAGGAGAAGAGGCUGGCGGAGCAGAGGGCCCGCAUCCAGAGGGAGUUUGAUGAAGAGCAAGAGAGGAAGAAACGGAAGGAAAUGGAGCAAAAGGCCAAGAAUGAAGAGCUGAUUCAACUGGCCGAACAGAGGAAGAAGGAGAUGGAGAGAAAGAAGAAUGAGGCGGAGGAGAAUGAGAGGGCAGCACUGAGGAGGCGGUAUGAGAUGGAGAGGCAGGCUCGGGUGGAGGAGGUGUACAGGGAGCCCUCACCUCCGAUCCCCACCCUGCAGAAGAGACAUGGACUACACCAGUACACCCCCAGACCCCCCUCUGCUAACAGCCAGCAUUCAACGGCCCCCCUGUCUGAGCGCUCUCUGUCUGGUCUCCAGUCCCCUCCCGUCCCUGCUCGGAGGAACCAGCUCCGAGCUGCAGGUGACCAGCGUGACUUGUUCAGCGAGCUGUCGGCGCUGCGUCGGCACCUUCGCAGUGAAGAGAAGCGUCUGGAGGGUCGUCUGCAGCAGGUCGACUGGGAGGAGUUAGACUCUCCUCUGAGUGACAGGUCAGACCCGGCGUCCCUUUUACUACAUCGGGAGCGCCCCCAGGUGGACGUGUUCGACAUGGCCAGGCUGCGGCUCCAGGCUCCCGUCCGACGGCCGAACUCCAGAAACACGGAGCCCCGGAACCUGCAGAGAAUCCACGACUCCCUUCAGCUCAAAUGCACCGACGCAGAGUCCAGGCUUGGCUUCAGAGAGGUUCCGAAGCAGGAGGAAGUGGGUGUGGCCGGCAGGAGGAGGCGGGGCUACAGCGAUCUGCCUUUCAGCAGCCAGAGGUCUACAGUCCAGGACGAUUAUUGUGACCUGUCCCCCCCACAGCAAAAUGAUUAUCUGAGGAGUGUGAUGGGGAGGUCUGCCAGAGGUUCUCUGCUGGCGUCAGAGAGCGCUUUCAUUGACCCUCUAGGUGAGGCCUUUCCAGAGCGCCGCACCCCAGAGCAGGAGAAAGCCCCCAUGCUGUCAGCCAGGGAGAGGAGGAGGCUGUCCAAACGGCCACAGCACCCUCAGGAUCGAGCCUCCUCCAGUCGGCCCUUUGGCCAACAGGACGACUACUCCGCCCUCACAGGUGACAGACAGGAAGCGGAGCCCCGUGGCGAGAGGGGGAGCCGGGACAGGUCAGGUCGUCUGAUGUCCAUCAGUCGCCGUAGCAACGCAGCGGGACCAGCGGAUCUGUCCGACGCAGGCUCCUCCCCUCCCCGCUUUUCUCUUCACAGUCAUAACCGCCGAGGCUCUGUGGAAACGCCCUCUACAGAUAUCUGGAUGCGGCCGGGAACGUUGGACAAACUGAAAUGUUUGGACCGACCAUCGAGGAGGGAGCGGUUGGCAACGUAGCACAGCUUCCCCUCCGAGACUGGGAGGUGCCCUCUGCUGUCGACUGCUCAUCUGAACAGAGUGUUAUGAACAGAGUGUUAUGAACAGAGAUCAUGGCUGGUUUUAACUCUGACACACGUCUAUAUGAAUGUCUGAAAAGUGAUACUUAUGAAUAUGUACUAUUUUUCCUAUGCUAGAUC